AGCCCUUCAGCGCCCCGUUUAGCGACUACAGCCCCAGCCGCCAGUUGAGCUCACAUCGAGCACGGUCCGGCAGAGACAACGCAACAUGGCGUCGCCGGCGCCCCCGACCAUCCAGGCGCUGAAGCAGGACUUCAUCGCCGAGCAGACGCGGCUCCUGUCGCAGCCGCUGGCGCCGUCGCGCGCGUGGUCCAAGGCCAACAGCAGCGCCGCCGCCGCCGCCACCGGAACCGCGCCACCGCUGCCGCUGCCGCAAAAGGCCGUCGACGACGCCCUCGCGCGCUUCAACCACCGCCUCCAGCAGCACUCGGCCCGCGUCUACUCCCCGCCCGCCACCCGCCACGUCGCCGAGCAGCUCGAGCAGCUGUACCUGGCCGCCGAGCGCGACGGCGGGGCGCCGCGUGCGGGCGAGGACGGCCAUGACGACGGCGGCGGAGACGCCGGCCUGACGCUCAGCGCGGAUUUUGCCGACCCGCAGACCAUUGCGGCCCUCCCGCCGUCCUGGCCCUCGGACCAGGACGUCUCGGCCCGGCCCAUGGAGGCGCGCCGCUACGCCGACCUGUCGGCGCGGCUGCAGGACCUCUCGGCGGCGCGCGGGGAGGCCGAGGCGCGCGCGCGGCGGCUGCGCGAUAUGCGGCGCGGGCUCGUGCCCUUUAUCAGCGGCGGCGACGGGGGCGAGUCGCUGCAGAGGAACCUGGUGACCAAGGACGGCGAGCUCGAGCGUGAGUUGGAACGCACGCGCAUCCUCAUGGCCCGUGUCGGCGACCGCGUCCUCCGCGCCGUCCGGGAGGAGGGCCGGGGUGGGCAGGAUGACGACGACGCGCCUGUUGCGGUUGCGGACGAGGAGAGGAGGAAGGUGGCUGACCUCUUGGAUAGGUUCUGAUGGCUUCUUUGGUGUAAAAGGCACCAUGUAUACGAUGGAUGUGGGGCGACGGAGAUGUGAUACCCAAUGUUUAUUCGCCCGGCUUGGUGGGCAUACAAUGAACAAACAAGGCGAAAAAGUUACAUUAUAUCGUCAUGUCACUGUCUGUCUGUCUGUCUGUCUGUCUGU